CACGCGUACCGCAUCAGCUGUUGCUACGUUCCGCCAUCCUGCAACUCACCGGAGAGUCCCGUCACCGGCUACCCUGUGUCUUCCAAAAUGAGCUCUGUAUUGUGUGAGGGCAUCUACUCCUACUUCGCCUCCACAUACGGCACCAAGACCGCUGCCACCAGGAGAGCGAAGAAAAGACCACCCCACCGCAGGGCUCUCAAGGAGGUUGAGAGACAGAAGGACGCCAAGAGGGAGUUGCGUUUGGCG